UCUCUCAUCUCUUCCUCAUUUACCUUUCCGUCUUCUUCACUUCUCAUUUUUGUGUUCCUCGAGCUCCUGCUUUAUAUUAGUUGAAGACUUUUGCCAAAUCUCUUUCAUUUUUCAAAUGCCUAAAGCUGCUAUGAUAAUUGCGAGACCCGAGGAUGUUGAGGUACAACAGGAAUUGAAGGAUGAACGCUCAAUCGAUGAGCUACUCUCAUUUAUAAAUGGUCAAGAUGGGGAUACCAAAAGAACUACAACAAAAAAGAAUAAAAAGAAGAAGAGGCGAAAAAAACAAAAUGAAAAAACUCCCUACCAAGAAAAUGCAAUCGAACUUCAUAAUAAGGAGUCAAUUCCUAAUCAUUCUCCACAUCAAAAUGACAAUUUUGACAAUGCCUUAGACGCCUCUUCAAGUACACACUCAGAGAUUCAAGAUCUUACUGAUGCUGAUUUAGAUCCUUCAUUGAUGGAGAAAAUUGACAGGGAAGUUGAAGACUUCGAGCGAAUAUUAAAUUUAGAUUGGCGUGAAAGAAUAAAAAUGGUACCUUCGAACCAAAACUAAAAAUUUAUUACCAAUUUUUAUUUAUAGAAAUUAAAUUGUUUAAUUCGCUGGAUUUUUAAUUUUUUUUUUGUGAACUUCAUGUGAGUAAUAUGUUUAAAUCCUGAAGCAUACAACUCAAAUGUAGAACUUUUCUAUUUCUAAAUCACAUGCAAAGGUGACUUGGUACAUUAUCUACUA